AUGGAUUCUGAAGACUAUCAUUUCAAGUUCCGCAUCGUCAUUUUAGGUACCAUUCUAAUGUAUGUUAAGGUGAGAAAUCAGUUGGAAAAUCAACCUUUUUAGAUGGUAAAUUAAAUCAUAAAAUUUAAAGUAUUGGCAAUAACCUUUGGUAAGAUAAUAGAAUAGGAAGCAUCAGAUGAAUUAAAUUUGAAGGUAUAAUUCAAUAUAAAUAAUUAAGACUGUUGGUUAUAUGGAUGAUGACACUCUAUACAAGAUAGCAUAUUGGGAAAUCCCUGGAAAACAUCGUAGUCCUGAUACCUUCUUUCGUUUUUGUCUUGGAGCUACAGCAGCCAUCUAUAUGUUUGAUGGUAAUUGAAUUAUUUAAAUAAAUAGUAUCAAAGAGAUAGACAUUUGAAAAGAUAGAACAUUGGAUAACUGAAAAUGAAAAAACUGAGAUCCCUGUUAAAGUUCUUAUUGGAAACAAGAUCGAUCUCUAUGCCAGUAAUAAAGGAGGUGUAUCAAAGUCAGAAGCCAUUGGUAUGGCUCGUAAAUAUGGGAUGGAAUAUUUUGAAGUUUGGUACAUUAUAUAAAUUGACAAUAGUUCGAUUGGAGAUACUUCAAUUGCUCCAGUUUUUGAUUAUCUAUUUUCUACUAUCAUAGGGUAGAUUCCAAAUCCACCUACUCCUUUGUCUUUAAUGGGAAAAGGCAUCUUGAUUGGAAAGAGAUUGCUCAACUCUUCUAAAUAUUAAUUGGUAUUAUACAAUAGUUAAAAGUAGGCUCUUUGUGAUAUAGCAUCACUUUAUGAAUGAUAUUAAAAUAA